GUAUAACUACAUUGCGACCGACUAGUCUGAGGGCCUGUUGGAGCAUUCGCAACGGGUCCGGUCGUGUGCGACCUGCAUCGGUCGCGCAAUGCAAGCGCGGAACUUGACCAGUCGCCGACGCCAAACACAUCAUAGUUGCUUGAAGGCAAAACAUUCAUAUAGCUGCUUUUGAUUAGGUAACUUAUUUGUCGGUGUGGACCCUUGAAUACGGGAGUCUGAGAAUGCAAUUCUGCCUUGAACGCGUUCGCGCCGACGCUCGAGUUUCUCGCGCGGACGCGCCCAGGCGAUCUGCAACUUUCAGCCAAAGUCGUUGGCAGGGUCCGCUUCGGUCGCGGCGGCAGUCGGUCGCCGUGGCGGCGGUCUCGCCUGCGACCUCCCCCAGCCGGGCCGCACCGGCAACAACCUCCACCUCCCCCGACGCGGCCGGCCCUGGCCCUGGCUCCCUCCGCGACGCCCGCAGCCGCGGGCCCUUCAUCAGUCGCCAGGACUGCCUUUCCAUUCUCAACAGCAUCGCGGACACCUACACGACACACGGCCGGCCGCUGCAAGGCGGCCCGUUGACGGCCCCUGCCGCAGCGUUGACCGCCGACGGCGCCGGCAUCGGCUACGACGACGUACCGGAAGACAUGGUCCCCGAUGACAUCUCAGGCGAUGGAGCGCUGAUGUCUCAAGUGCUGGACACCAUUUACGACGAGCUGGAAGAAGUGUUCAUGAGCAAGCGCGGCUUCAUCAUUCCGCGCAAGGAGGCGGCGCUGGUGGACGCCACGGGCGGCUCGGCCACGUACGGCGAAAUCACGGGCGAUGGCGUACGGCAGUUCCUGGCUCGUGUGCCGCUCCAGUCAGAUGACGUGCUUGUGGACCUGGGCAGUGGCCUGGGCCGGCUGGUGCUGCAGGCCGCCGCCACCGCCCGCCUGCGCCGCUGCGUCGGCCUGGAGUUGUCCGCCUGCCGGCAUGAGCAGUCCGCCUGGGCGGCAGCCCGCCUGGCCGAGCUCGGCGAGCUCGCCGCCGCCGAGGAAGCCGCGGAAGACGCCUCCGGCGCACCGUUCGCCUCCGGCGGCAGCCAGGAGAAUGUGGGGUCGGGCUCGGCGGCGGAGCCUCGCCGCGCGGCGGCGGGCGGGCUGCUGCUUAGCCCCGUGGAGCUGCGGUGUGAGGACAUCUUGAGCGCGGAGCUGGGAGACGGGAGCGCGUUCUUCCUGUGCUCCACGGCCUUCUCGGCGGCGGCAGCGCGCACCAUUGCGGAGCGGCUGGCGGCGCACCCGCGCUUCCGGCUGCUGGUCACCUCGCGCGCGCUGCCCUUCCCGUCGCCGCUGGUGCAGCUGGGUCAGUUCCCCUGCGCCUUUACAUGGACUGCGGCCGGCACCGCCUAUGUAUACGUGCGCUCGCUGGCGGAGGCGCCGGCGCCGCUGCUCGCCGCCUUCCUGUCCGCACCCGAGCCGCGGCCUGGCGCAGGUGGCGCACACCAUAUGGGUCAAGCGCAGGAGCAUCAGCAUUACCAGGAGGAGGAGGAGCAUGAGGAGGAGGAGCAGGAGCGCGCCCCGGGCGGUGUGGCGUGGUUGCCAUCCACCUGCACUGUGGCCAUGGUACCUGGGGACCUGCUGGUGUGAGCCUUGCGCGCUGCGAAGCGCGAAAGGCUUUGUGUGUGUAUGUGCUGGACUUUGAGGGCUUGUGAUUGAAAGGGUUGUUGGGGAAGGUGGGCCGGGCGGGCGGUGGCAGCAGGCGGCGAGGCGCUUCCACGCUUUCACUCUCUAAAAAUACCGCGAUGAGCAUGGCUUAUGAACUACGCAAAAAGUGAUGGUAAACACACGGGCAUGCAACAUGGUGCAAUGUGCUCCUUGCGGUCCUUGUGCAUGUGGCGUGCGCGGCGUUGUGUGGGCGUGAUGGGCGCGUGACAAGUAGCAGUACCAACGGUUGGCACUUACUACUCGGCGUGCAUGUAUUAUCGUGCAUGUGUCAUAUGUAUGCAUGUGGGGAGGGGCGGACGCUCGUGCGGCGGGAUCCUUGAUCGGCGUAUGCGAACAAGCUCGGGUCCUGUAUGAAAUGGAAUGGGCGACGGGCGCGGGCGUGGGCACGGGUAAUGUGACGGCGAAUCGACUGAAGGUUAUUGAAGAUUGAGCUUGAGCAGAAGCGCAGAGAGGCUGCACGUGCGGUGUGGGAUUGAUCUCGUGCGGACGUGCGCUAGCCAAGCUGCGGCGGUCAAGCUGGGAGGCUGAUCAAGAAGACUUCGACAGGAAUGCGUAGGUGUGGGAAUGGUGGUCAAGGUGGAGGAGGAUACUGAGUUUGUGUGCAGGUUGCGCAGACUCAAGUAAACAAUGAUGAAGGAUUGCCAGUGGUUAUAAAUUGAUGCUGGAUAGCGGUGUGUGCUGCACGGGCCCAGCCGGGUGCAAGCCGAAUGCUGGGAUGUCUGUGUGCGUUGAGGCAGCGUGCAGUGGGCGCGGUCUGGGUGUGUUACGCCUUGGUGGAAAGGUCCAAAGGGGACUGGCGGUUGUGUGGUGGCGCCGUCGCGGCUGUGUGGCCGAGCGAGUGCGACGAGUCUGCAGGGCAGCUUUGAGGUUGGGGCUCGCGGUGGGUGAGGGACGGGCGGACACCUCGCAAGAUAGGGUUUUGAUUUGUGGCAGCUCGCGCAAGCCCUGGUGAUUUAGGAAUACAACCAAUAUCUAUGUAUUUAGGUGACAGGCUUGAAGAGGAAGGGCCUGCCAGCACCGUCCAGGUCACCUGCACGAUUUUGAACCCCUGAUG